CCCUGGGGAGGGGGGCGCAUCUGUGAAGUCACCCCCAUUCCGCUCCACAGAGACUCCUGUCGGGCAGCGGUCGCUGGCUCAUCUCCGUCCCCGGGGGGAGUUUCUGAGACCCGAGGAUUCAAGAGCAGUGGUCACAACGGAGCUUCGGAGAAGGACGCUGAGCGUCGGGAACUGAGGACACGCCGGUUGCUGGGCCUGGGAGAUCAGAAGUCCCAAGGGCACGAGGCGUGUCGUUCAGCAGUUCCGGGAGGCCCGGGAAGCCCACGGCCUGGCUGGGGCACCGUCACUGCCGCCAGGCCACCAUGGUCCUCGGCUGGCUGCUGCUUCUGGUGAUGGUUCUGGCCCCCGGCGCAGCGGGCGUCAAGGACUGUGUCUUCUGUGAGCUGACCGACUCUACGAGCUGUCCCGGCACCAGCAUGCGCUGUGGCGACGACGAGGACUGCUUCACAGGCCACGGGGUGGCCCCCGGCGUCGGCCCCAUCAUCAAUAAAGGCUGCAUGCAUGCCACCUCGUGUGGCCACGAGGAGCCCAUCAACUACAUGGGCGUCACCUACAGCCUCACCACCAACUGCUGCACUGGCCACAUGUGUAACGGGGCCCCUGACCCCGCGUCCGGCCGCUUGGCGGGGGCCGCUGCCAGCCUGGUACUGGGUGUGCUGCUGCUGCUCCGACACGCGCCGUGACCAACCUGGAGGGCAGGGCCCGGGGCUGGUCUCCCGGCUGCGUUGCUCCCCCUGCCCCCCACCUCCAUCCCCUUCCCCCAUUAAAUGGCCAGAGGCCCUGGACAACCUCUCGUGGCCCUGGCCUCAUCCAUUCUAGGGCUGCCCACCGGAGAAGCCCGGUGCUCUGGAAGCAGCCCCAGGCCCUCCAAUUUAGUGAUGGGGGAGCCAUGUCCGAUGGGUUGGACUGCACUACUGUAUUUCAUUGGUUCUAAGACGCGUUAUUUUUUCAGAUUGGGAUCAGGAUGUCUCUUUCCUUUGGUGGCACCUUAGAGUCGAUGAAAUAUGGUAAAAAACAAAAACAAAAAAAUCAAAUAAUAAUAAAUGACAGCUGACGUUGAUGCAGCACAUGUUA